GCUACAGACCUCAGGCAGCUAAGGAGAGGGAGGGAGAGAAAGAAAGAGGGACAAAGAGACAGGGAGAGAAAGGACCUAAAUGAUGAGUAUGAUGGAACGUGACUUUUGAAGAUCAAGUGGAUGAACAGACAACCUGCCAUGCUUUUCCAUCACAGCCUGGAUCUUAUUGAUUUACAUCUCUGAAGGAAAAAAGCCAGAAGCAGGAGGCCAUAAAAGCCAGGGAGAGCUGCUCAAAUAUGAACUGCGCUACUUUUAUCAUGGUUGCUGCAAGUUUACUCUCAUGGGCUGAUUCCUUUUAUCAUCACAGCAGUAAAGGUAAAGAGAAGGAGCUCCAAUAUCUCGUGGAGCCACCAGUGUAUCCUGCAGUAAUGGCCCGGCGAGGAGAGAACAUCACCCUGCCGUGUGUCAUGCAGACCAAGCCUUCUCACUACAGAGUGAAAUGGACUAAACUCGACCCUCUUCGACAAGGAGUACAAAAUAUUAUCCUCAUCUCAAACGGCCAUGCUGAUAAACACUACGGGGUCCUGGGGCCCAGAGCGAGUCUUCGCCGUGCACAUGCUCUGGAUCUCUCACUGCUCCUCUUUGGUCUAGAGCUGGAGGAUGAUGGCCAGUAUCGCUGCGAGCUCAUCAAUGGCAUCGAUGAUGAAAAUGUGGAUAUUACUCUUGGGAUUGAAGGGGUUGUGUUUCCUUAUCAGAGCAGCCGAGGUCGAUACAAACUCAACUACAAUGAUGCUAAAGAAGCCUGUGAAAAGCAGGAUGGCACACUGGCAACAUACAUGCAGCUCUACAAAGCCUGGACAGAAGGUCUGGACUGGUGUAAUGCCGGGUGGCUGAAUGAUGGCACAGUCCAUUACCCGAUAAUUCACCCGCGGCCAGCCUGCGGAGGAGAACUUCUCGCAGGGAUCCGAAGCUACGGACCUCAGCACAGGACAAAGGAGCACUUUGAUGCCUUCUGUUUUACCUCUACCACUGAAGGUUCAGUAUUCUACGUUCCAGGAGUGCUGAAUUUCUCAGAAGCUCUACAUGCGUGUAAGAAAGAAGGAGCGACGCUGGCUCGUGUUGGACAGCUCUACUCAUCCUGGAAGUUCUUAAAAAUGGACCAGUGUGAUGGAGGCUGGCUGCAGGACGGCAGUGUGCGCUUCCCAAUCACCAACCCAAGAAAACGCUGCGGAGGAAUUUCAGAGGCAGGGGUCCACAGCUUUGGCUUCCCCAAACAGAGUGUGCGCAUUUAUGGGGCUUACUGCUACAGGUAAACUAACGGCAUUAACGGUACUGUAAAAAGCAACAUGCUGCACUGCAACAGUUCCAAGACAUACUGGAAAAGCUGAAAUUUGAAUGAUUUUUCAGCAUUAUCCGCUGUGCUCACAGCAAUAAAGAUGGUAUUGGUUAUUACAAGAGCUGGGCUGAAAAGUUUGGUGCAGAUACAACUAUUAUUUUUGUUUAAUUUGUUAAAAAAAAAUCUUUGGAGCAAUACAAAGAUUCCAAAAUGGUUUCAUUUUUGGGUAAUGUAUAAGUGUUAUGUUUUCGGUUUUCCCAUUCUUUAUUUAAGUAUUUAGUUCUUUCUCAGUUUGUAAUUUUCUAUUUUUUUGAUUCAUAUUGAUUCUAGUUCGUCCUACAAUUUGUACAUAAAUAAUGUGUCUUCUUUUGUCUUCUGUAUCAAUAAUGCAUAAAACAAAAUGUGAAUGUGUGUUACACACAGAUAAGAGUCUAAUUAUUUUUAUUAAUGUGCGCUCUCUAAACUCACACCCCUGGGGCAGUUAGCCAGGUUUGAUACCUGGGUCCACUAAGCUGCUGGGGAUGGGCUCUUAAUGUUCUGUACCGAGGGGUGGCAUAGCAAGGCUGACCCUGUGCUCUAACCCCAGCUUUCUAAGCUGGAAUAUGUGAAAACGAUUAAAUAAUUCCAUAGUACUGUAAAUAUAUAAUAAUAAAAAGCACUUAAGAUUUUGCUUGUAACUGCUUACCAAACCUUUUGAUUUCUAUUUGGAUACUUGGAUACUAUAAUAUACAUCUGUUAGAUGUGUUGCUAUGAGUUAUUUAAAAUGUUCAUGAAAUGCCAUUGGAUUUACUUUAGAACAAAAAAAGAACAAAAUAAUUUCUCAUUGAUAUUGUUAGUAAAACAGCUGUUUUAUUUAUUUAUGAUGAAACCCCAAGAACAAACACUGCAUUUAAUGGCACCAUAUACCAGAUGGCACCUUAUGGCUUGAUCAUUGUCUGACAUUAUAAUAAAACAUUGCAAGAUGAAUAAAAUAACCCAUGAGCGUGUAAA